CCGUUCCAGGGGAAGCGGGGAUUUUUGUCCCUUUACAUCCAGACCGCAGCGUUGUCCAGUAUGGAGCUUUUCGAGACCAACCCUUACUUCUUCCCUGACCAGCGCUUCUACGAGGGAGGGGACAGCUACUUCCCCUCUCGCCUGCCCGGGGGGUACGACCAAGCGGGCUACCAGGACAGGAACUCCAUGAUGGGGCUGUGUGGGAGUCUGUCUGGGGGCGUAGGAGUGGGGGUCACUGGAAUGGAGGACAAAGCCUCCCCCUCUGGCCUGUCGCCUCAUUCAGAACCCCACUGCCCGGGCCAGUGCCUACCCUGGGCCUGUAAGUUAUGCAAGCGGAAGACAGUGACCAUGGACCGUCGGAAAGCGGCCACACUGAGGGAGAAGAGGCGUCUGAAGAAGGUGAACGAGGCCUUUGAGGCUCUGAAGCGGAGCACACUGAUGAACCCCAACCAGAGGCUGCCCAAGGUGGAGAUCUUGCGGAGCGCCAUCCAGUACAUUGAGAGGCUGCAGGCCCUGGUGUCCUCCCUCAACCAGCAGGACAGCGAGACAGGGCAGCAGGGACUGCACUACCGGCCCAACCCAGCCCAGCCAAGGGUGUCGUCGUCAAGCGAGCCCAGCUCUGGCAGCACCUGCUGUAGUAGCCCAGAGUGGAGCAGCACCCCGGACCAGUGCACGCAGAGCUACAGCAGUGAGGAUCUCUUGAGUGCUGCUGACUCUCCAGAGCAGGGGAACAUGCGCUCCCUGACCUCCAUUGUGGACAGCAUCUCGGCAGCAGACGGCGCUGUGGCCUAUCCUGUGGUGCCUGUGGACAUUCCCAAAUAG